AUGGUCAAGAUUGCUCUACUCGGCGCCGCUGGACAAAUUGGAACCCCGCUCAGUCUCCUGUGCAAAGCAAGCGAUCUAUUCGAUGAGAUCUCACUUUAUGACAUUGUUCACGUACCCGGUAUUGCCACUGAUUUGAACCACAUCGACACCAGGGCCAGGGUCAGUGGCCAUCUUCCAGAUGACUUUGGUCUCAAGAAGGCCCUCACUGGUGCAGACAUUGUCGUAGUAACAGCUGGUAUUGCUCGUAAGCCUGGAAUGACGAGAGACGAUCUAUUCAGAACCAACGCCAGUAUUAUUCGGGAUAUCUUCACCGAGAUUGCAGCCACAUGUCCACAGGCGAUGUGUUGUGUUGUUACAAAUCCGGUCAACUCAACUCUGCCUGUUGCCACCGAGGCUCUGAAGAAAGGUGGUGUUUUCGAUCCCACCCGUAUCUUUGGUGUUACCACCUUAGAUGUUGUCCGUGCCUCUACCUUUGCCGCCCACGCCUUGGGUGACAAUGUCAAUCCUAAGGACUUCAAGGUCCCGGUCAUUGGUGGCCACAGCGGUGCUACUAUCCUUCCCCUUUACAGUCAGGCUCAGCCCCCGGUCAACUUGGAUGAUGAAACUCUGGCGGGUGUUAUUAACCGUGUUCAGUUCGGUGGCGACGAAAUCGUUAAAAGCAAGCAGGGGGCUGGAAGCGCCACGACGUGCAUGGCUUACGCCGGUUUCCGCUUUAUCAAGGCUCUUCUUGCUGGUAUAGAUGGAGAGGCAAUUACCGAGGAAGCCUAUGUCUACCUUCCGGGCAUUCCUGGAGGUAAGGAGAUUGCCACUGAGCUUGGCGUUGACUACUUCGCGGUCAAGAUCGAGCUUGGUAAGACAGGUGCUACCAAGGCGUUGCCUAUUGGCAAAAUAUCUGAACAUGAGACCAGGCUGCUCGAGGUGGCUCUCAAGGAACUGAAGACAAACAUCGCUACAGGCCUGUCUUUCAUGGCAUAA